UCCUCAUUCUUUUCCAUGUUUGUACAAGUCUGGACUCUUAAAUCCAGCUAACAAUGGACCAAGAGGCUGAAGAGGAGUUUGACUUGGAUUCAGAAAGCCUGGGAGAAGUGGAGAAAGCGUGUGAUGACAUCCUCGAGCUUAACCUGUUUGAUGGAUUGCCGUAUUCUUCAAGGUUUUAUAAGAUGCUGGAGGAGAGGAAGGAAUUGGCAGUGUGGAAAGUUAAGAAUGAAUUUAUGGACGUUUUGGCAAAGGAACAGUUUGUGUGGCUGAGUGGUUGUGCCAGGACUGGACGAAGCUCUCAAAUUCCACAAUGGUGCGCUGAGUUUUGCCUCUCGGAGCAAUACACAAAUGGGAUGGUAGUGUGCACACAGAUCCACGCGCAGCAAGCAGUGGAUUUGGCGUUACGGGUGGCAGACGAAAUGGACGUCAACAUUGGGCACGAGGUCGGAUACAGCAUUCCUAUGGAGACAUGCUACGCCAACGACACAGUUUUGAGAUACUGCACAGAUGAUGUCCUGCUGAGAGAGAUGAUGUCUGACCCUCUGCUGGAGCACUAUGCUGUGGUGGUGGUGGACCAGGCUCAUCAGAGGACAGUGUCCACAGAUGUCCUCCUGGGUUUGCUCAAGGACAUAUGUCUGCAGAGACCCGAGCUCAGGGUGGUGGUCCUCACUGCCACGGAUCCAGCAUCCAAACAGCUAACACACUUCACCUCCGCUGCAGUGACGCACAUCCGGCUGCAGAACCAGGAAGUGGGAGAGGUGGUCCACAGCAGUGCACAGGAGGGCUACUUCUGCUCUGCUCUCAAACUGGUCCUGGAGAUCCACCACUCUGAAGAGGAGGGGGACGUGCUUGUGUUUCUAGUCACUACACAGGAGAUCAAUUUGGCCCAUGAGAUCCUAACUCAUGAGGCGGACAGCUUACCCUCUGGUCUGGGAGAGCUACUACCUGUAUCUGUACACCCAGGAGCACCCGGGAGCCUGCAGGACUGCACCGAGGGACAGAGCCCGAGGAGGAGGAGAGUCUUCCUCACCUCCAGUCCCAACGAGGACUUCUUCUGGGCCAUCCACUCCAUCAGAUUUGUCAUCGAUACUGGACUGGAGAGGAGAUAUGUAUACAAUCCCAGAAUAAGAACAAACUCCAUUCUCAUCCAGCCUAUCAGCACAGGCCAGGCCACAAGCAGACAGCAGCUGGCAGGACCCACAGGCAAGUGCUUCUGUCUGUACCCAGAGGAGAGGCAGCUUCCUGCAGAGACUCGGCCUCUUAUAGUGGAGGCCAACAUCACGUCUACAGUGCUUUUCUUAAAGAGGAUGGAAAUAGCUGGUCUGGGCCACUGUGACUUCAUUGACCGCCCUGACCCCAGCAGUCUGAUGCAGGCCCUGGAGGAGCUGGACUACCUGGCCGCUCUGGAUAACCAUGGCAACCUGUCGGAGGUGGGGAUCAUCAUGUCAGAGCUGCCUCUGGAGCCUCAGCUCGCCAAGACGCUGCUGGCCUCCUGUGAGUUCGACUGUGUGAGCGAGGUGGUCAUCAUCGCUGCCAUGGUAACAGCACCCACUUGUUUUGUCGUCCCCACUAAAGACUUGAAGCCAGAAGCUGCUCAGUGCCACAUGAAGUUUCAGCACCCAGAAGGAGACCACUUCACCCUCAUCAACAUCUACAAGGCCUUCACCCAGAGCCAGCAGGACCCAUAUUGUAAUAUGGAGAAGUGGUGUCAGGAGAACUACCUUGACCAUAGUGCAUUACUGAUAGCUGAGGUCCUCUGUUCUGAACUCAUAGAGACUCUAAAGAGGAUUGAGCUGCCUGUGUCACUGCCUGCGUUCGGUUCAAGAAACAACACCAUGAAUAUAAAAAGAGCUCUGCUGGCUGGCUUCUUCAUGCAGGUGGCCCGUGACGUGGACGGUUGUGGAAACUACCUGAUCCUCACUCACAAACACGUGGCUCAGAUCCACCCUGCCUCCUGCUACGGCCCCAAAAGCACCAGACCAGGCCUCCCUGAGUGGGUACUGUUCCACGAGCACUCCUUCUCUGAGGACAACUGCCUCCGCACAGUCACGCAAAUUAAACCACACGAAUUCAUUGAGAUGGCGCCUCAGUAUUUCUUCUACAACCUGCCACAGAGUGAGAGCAAAGAUAUCCUUCAGCAGAUUCUGGACCGGGACAUGUGUCCUGAAGAGAAGGCUGCAGUAGCACAGAGCAGCCACCAGGAGGAGCACACACAUGACCGCUGUGUUAUACAGUAA